CCUAUUUCAAUUGCAUGGGAGGUUAAGACUUACAUUUUGUAUGGCUCCCAUCUUUCAAUCAUCUUGAGUUUGGAUUUUCACAAAUUUUUUUCAUUUAAUUAGGCUGAUACUAUUAUUACCAAUUUUUCCUUUUCUUUCUCCUUCUCUUUUCUUUAUGGUUAAUUAAUUGGCAGACGUUUAGUUUGAGUGUGUCCAUGAACAAUCAUCUAGUCUGGAUUUAAAAGAACUGAUUGACGGAGCAUUUACAACAUCCUCAGGUGUGCUUAUGACAAUGGGUGGAUCUCCAAGCUGUCAGGUGGCUGCAGUGGACAUGAGAGGCCCAGAAGCCGUGAUGGUGAAAGAGAAAAUUCAUGAUAACUGUGUGAUGAUUUUCUCAAAAACUUACUGUCCUUAUUGCAAGAUGGCCAAGAAGGCUUUCAAGGAUCUUGGUGUGCCUUAUGAAGUGUAUGAAAUAGAUAAAGAAAAAAGUGGCAUGGCAGUGCAAGACGUGUUGGACAACAUGACUGGCACCAGAACAGUCCCUCGAGUGUUUGUUGGCGGCACUUGUAUCGGCGGAGGGACAGAGACAAAGCAGCUCUAUAAAGAGGGAAAACUACUGGACAUGGUGAAGUUGUGUCAAGCAGCAUCAUAGCUUUGUCAGACAAAAUAUAUGAAAGCAGAACAUAUGUACUUAGAUUUCUUAUGCACAAUUAUCCUGGCAAAGGUGUACCUUUCUCUUUACUAUACAUAUUUACAAAAUAGUUCCUAUUUUAUGCAAGUUCUAAUGAAUCUCAAAUUCACACAUACUCUGUAUUGAUAAAUGUAUUUAUUAUAAGAAGUUCACAGAAAUUCUUAUGAAUAUGAUUUCUCAUGUCACACAUACAUAGACUGUAGUGUAAAAUUUUUCUAUGAAAAUAAUUCUUCAUUGCCAUAUUUUUGAGAAAAUUAAUGGCCAAGAAAAUAUUGAAAUUUCAAUUCUUGUCCAAAUGAAAUUCUCUAACAUAAGUUUGUUGGAUUAAGAAAACAGUAUUAUUUUACCAUGCAUAACAGCCAUCCAUCCAUCUUAUUUUAUAUAGUAAAACUGCAUUCAGAGUAAUCACCUAGAAAACAGUUGUCCUUGUUGUGUCUGAGUUGUGUUACUAAUUGAUGUACACGUAAAAAAUGUAAGCUUAUUUAUAGACAAGUGAAGUUUUCCCUAAUAAUGUCUCAUAAUGUUAUUCAUGGCCAGUCAGUAAGAACAAUGGUAAAUAAUUGGCAAUGUCAAAUUUAGUUUGGAAUGUGGCAUAGUUUUCCUAACUGUGAUGAGGUUACACUUUUAUUUGUAUAAAUGUACAUUUUUUUUCUUACUUAAGUAAAGUUCAUUACAUAUUUA